AUGAAUAAAAGCAGGUGGGUCAGAGGGGCAGGAUGCAUGACAUGCAGACAAAAGAAAAGAAAAGAAAAGAAAAGAAAGAAGAAAAAAAAUCCCAGAGGCGCGACGAGCACCGCAAGCAAGUGA